CGUAACGGGCUGUGUGGGGCGAUGGCGGUGCGGGGCGCAGGAGACCAGGAGGGGAGCAGCGGUGGUCCGCCGGAGGAGGAGGAGGAGGGUGGAGAGUGGCUGACGGUGGUGGUGGGAGACAGCAGCUUCUCCGCGGAGAAGAGCCUCCUGCUCCGCCACUGCGGCUACUUCCAGGCCCUGUUCCGCUCGGGGAUGAGGGACAGCCGACAGACGCAGGUCCACCUCAGCAACCUGUGCGCCCGCAGCUUCCAGCUGGCCCUGCGGGUGUUCCGGGGCGACAGACCCCUCAUCCUGGACCCGGACCACAUCCAGGAGUCCAUCGAGUGCGCCGCCUUCCUGCAGGCGGCCUCUCUGAGCUGCCACCUCAGCGACCUGCUGGACUCCAGCAACUGCCUGCUCAUGUUCCACGGUGCCGACGCCUACGGCCUUGCCGACCUCGCCGCUGCCGCCGCCCUCUUCAUCAGAGACGUGUACCGGGACCUGGAGGCGGAGCUCCGAGAGACCCUCCCCCCGGAGCUGGUCUCCCGGGUGGAGGCCCUGCCCCCCAGCGUGCUGGUGGCGGUGGGGGCCCACGCCCCCUGCAGCGCCGGGGCCAGCGGCCACGCCGCCUCCAGGACGCUGUGCUACCUGGACGAGGAGCAGGACGUGUGGAAGGAGCUGACCGCCCUGCCGCUGCAGGCCAGCACCUCCAUGGCGGGCGUGGCCGUGCUGGACAACCGGCUGUACGUGGUGGGGGGGGUGCAGGGCAUCCGGAAGCAGCCCAUGGACCAGAGCUUCUGCUACAGCGUGGAGGAGGACGCGUGGAGCCCCAUCGACAGCCCCGUCCAGCCCAGGUACAACUUCCCCCUGGUGGGGCUGGACGGGCGGCUGCUGGCCAUCGGAGGGGAGAGCGGGAACACCGCCAUGUCGUCCGUGGAGACGUUCCACGUGGGGGCCGGGACCUGGACGUUCUCCGCUCACCUGCCGAGACCGGCGGCCGGCGCGGCCUGCGCCAAGACCCUGGGCCGGGUGUUCGUGUGCCUCUGGAGGCCCAUGGAGACCACGGAGAUCUGGGAGCACUCGGGCGGCGGCGGGGGGGCGUGCGGGGGCGGGGCGUGGACCCUGGUGGCCACGCUGAUCCGCCAGCAGAGCUACGGCCACGCCCUGGUGGGCCACGGCGACCGGCUGUACGUGGUGCGCAACGGCCCCUCGGACGACUUCCUGCGCUGCCUGCUGGACUGCUACAGCCUGAGCACGGGCCAGUGGAGCGCGCUGCCGGGCCACUACCCCAACAGCAAGGGCGCCCUGUUCACCGCCGUGGUGCGGGGCGACGGCGUGCUGACCCUCAGCCGCAGCGCCACCCAGGAGUACGGGCUCCAGGACGGCACCUGGAGGCCCCGCCGCCAGGGGAAGGGCUUCCCCCGGAGCGGCUCCCUCUGGACCUUCCUGCUCCGGCUGCCGAGCGCUCCCUAGCAACAGCUUGACUCCGGGAGGGGGGGGCGGGGUCGGAGGUCAUGGACGUUGUGGGUAACCAAUCAGGUUACACACUCAGGGUUAGUAGGUCUAGUCUGGUUAGAAUCCUCAGGGGGACCAGGUCUCUUAGGGUUAGUAGGUCUAUAGGGUUAGUAGGUCUAGUAGGGUUGGUAGGUCUAGUAGGGUUAGUAGGGUUAGUAGGUCUAGUAGGGUUGGUAGGUCUAGGGUUAGUAGGGUUAGUAGGUCUAGUAGGGUUAGUAGGUCUAGUAGGGUUAGUAGGUCUAGUAGGGCUAGUAGGUCUAGUAGGGUUAGUAGGUCUAUAGGGUUAGUAGGUCUAGUAGGGUUAGUAGGUCUAGUAGGGUUAUUAGGGCUAGUAGGUCUAGUAGGGUUGGUAGGUCUAGGGUUAGUAGGGUUAGUAGGUCUAGUAGGUCUAGUAGGGUUGGUAGGGUUAGUAGGGUUAGUAGGUCUAGUAGGGUUGGUAGGGCUAGUAGGUCUAGUAGGGUUGGUAGGGUUAGUAGGUCUAGUAGGGUUGGUAGGUCUAGUAGGGUUAGUAGGUCUAGUAGGGUUAUUAGGGCUAGUAGGUCUAUUAGGGUUGGUAGGGUUAGUAGGUCUAGUAGGGUUAGUAGGUCUAGUAGGGUUAGUAGGUCUAGUAGGGUUAUUAGGGCUAGUAGGUCUAGUAGGUAGGGUUGCUCCGGGUUUGUAGGAUUAGGCUUAGGAUAAGUAGGUUAGAAAUAUGACUUGUAUCUAUCAUGUACGAACACAAAUAUAAUAAUAAAUACUUUCUGUUUUUUUAUUUGAACAGUAUGACAAUCAUCUUUAUUUAACCUUUGGGUUCUUGUGCACACAAACUACCCGGUUGAUAGUCUGUAUAAUAUAAAGAAUACACUUACAUCGAUAUAUAUAGAGUAUGUAAAUCAUACAAAAGACAAUAUGUAAUUCAAGAAACUGACGGCAUGUAAUCAUGAUACAGCAACAUCAGCGAGAGACGACAGCUGCCUCCUCGUCUGGUGGUCACGGCUGAUGACCUCUAAAUGUUCUACUGAAGGCGCCAUCGGGUGGUGGAAUAUAAACGUUGCUCUUCACUGCACAGGGGACUAUAACAACUAGAGAUAGUAAACUGGUUGCCUUAAAGAAUGGUGAUAGAAUAGCUAGAAGAUUCAAUCGA